UAUCGAACUGUACAAUGUUGUUUGGUGUUUACAUAUGUUAUUGGCAAAGAUAAAAAACUUUCAAGUCCAGAAGCAAGAUAUCAAGAGAUUGAAAUCAUAAAGAACGAUUAUAUUUAUGAUAUCUUAAAAAAAAUAGAUCACUCAUAUCUAUUGUCCUAUAAGUUAACAAUUUUGGUUAUAUCUGAUCAAAACUUUCAUCCUAAGAAUACAAUCACUACCACAACUGAUAUAAACAU